AUGGAGGCCGAGCUACCUGUGGAGCCGCAAUCGCUGAAGAAGCUGAGCUUCAAAUCCCUAAAACGCGCUCUCGAUCUCUUCUCACCUCUUCAUGGUCACUUUCCUCCACCGGAUCCUGAAAGCAAGAAGAUUCGGAUGAGCCAUAAGCUCAAUACUGAGUAUGGGGGAGUAAAAGAUACUGCAACUUCUAAUGCCAAGGCAGCUGCACAAAGUAAAGCGCAGCAGGCUUCUGCUCCCUCCAAUGCCCUUGCACUCCCAGGCCCUGAAAGUUCAACGGAUCCACAGAAGGGAGUCUCCAAUAAGGAUAUAGUGGUUGGUCCUACUAUUCAGCCAAGUGGCUCGACUGACAAUGGUUUUCCAGGCAGAACCACAGUAGUUCCAACUCGGGGCUCAUCUGAAAGGAAUUUUUCAACAUCAGCAAUUAUGGAGAGAAUCCCAAGCAAGUGGCCUCGCCCCGUAUGGCAUGCUCCAUGGAAAAAUUACAGGAUAUGGGAUUUAGCAAGUGGGCGCCUUAAACUCACUCUUACUGGACAUAUCGAACAAAUAAGAGGCCUGGCUGUUAGCAGCAAGCAUACAUACAUGUUCUCUGCUGGUGACGACAAACAAGUUAAAUGUUGGGACCUGGAGCAGAAUAAGGUCAUUCGGUCUUAUCAUGGUCAUCUGAGUGGUGUUUAUUGUUUGGCUGUUCAUCCAACCAUUGACAUUUUGCUCACAGGCGGUCGAGAUUCUGUGUGCAGAGUUUGGGAUAUUCGCAGCAAAAUGCAAAUUCAUGCACUUUCGGGGCAUGAUAACACUGUUUGUUCAGUUUUCACCCGACCUACGGAUCCACAAGUCAUAACAGGUUCUCAUGAUACAACUAUAAAGUUCUGGGACCUUAGAUAUGGUAAAACAAUGGCAACUCUGACACACCAUAAAAAAUCCGUACGGGCAAUGGCUCAGCAUCCCAAGGAAGAUUGUUUUGCAUCUGCUUCUGCUGAGAAUAUAAAAAAGUUUAGCCUUCCUAGAGGAGAAUUUAUGCACAACAUGCUCUCUCAACAGAAAACAAUCAUUAAUGCAAUGGCAGUCAAUGAAGAUGGUGUAUUGGCCACAGGAGGUGAUAAUGGAAGCAUGUGGUUCUGGGACUGGAGGAGUGGUCACAAUUUCCAACAAGAUCAAACAAUUGUUCAGCCCGGGUCACUUGAUAGUGAAGCUGGUAUCUAUGCUAUGACCUAUGACGUAACGGGUUCUCGACUUAUUACUUGUGAGGCAGACAAGACUAUCAAGAUGUGGAAAGAGGAUGAAACGGCAACUCCAGAAACUCAUCCUGUACAUUUCAAACCGCCCAAAGAUAUGCGGCGUUCGGCCGACAGCGCAUUCCGGGUGGGAUUCAAAUUCCCAAACAUGGGAAAAAGUACGGAGGAUGAAGAUAUGGCAUUAGGAGGUCACAUGAGCAGUGCUCAUGUCAGAGAAUUCUCUAUCAAGAAGCUGAAAUCCAAGACGAUGAGUAUUCCUUCACUUAUUCUUGAUGGUGAUCAGAUUGAAUCAGAUUCUGUAGUGGCUUCUUCUGAGUUCAGAGAAAACUUUAGUAGUCAAUGGAGAUAA